AUGGAGCGAUCCGAAAGCAAUAGCAUGUCGCCCUGGCGAUAUCGUUUUUCUGGUUUCUGCUAUCUUUGCAAAGAGCUGGUGGAAGGCGCCCUAAAGAAACACUGGUCUCGCUGCUGGAAAGCCCAGCGUCUUGCGGUUUGGCAAAAGAUCACAGUCGGCAAUUUCGACACAAACGAUGAGCAAGGCGAAUACAUCCUCGCGAAGGACUAUAUGCGACACCUGAUCCACAUGCUCAACUCCCUCCUGGCCGACGGCGACGAAGGCAUUCUCGAAGCAGGACUCGUCUUCAUCAACAAAUGGCGAUAUCAAGAAAGUCGGUAUGGCAACAACGCGUACGAGAAAAUUGUCCUCAGCGUCGACACAAAACCCGACGCCCUUCUCCAUGCUGUGGCCCAGCAUAUUCUUUCGGUCUUCAGUCACCAUGGCACCUCCCUACCAGUAAUCCUCGCCAUCGAAGACAUAUUCUGGGCUCAUAGCCGCAAACUCGACUUCAACGAGGAAGAGAACAUCUGGCUACUGCAGUGGCUCAUCUAUUCCCCCGCAGAGCGGGAUUUCUUGAUCGAUCACAUCAAGCAAAUGUUCCUCUUUACAUUCCUCCCUCGCGGUCGACCCCGCAAGAGUAGACGGGUAUUGCGGAAGAAAUUGUGCCAGCUUUCGGCAAAUUGCAGAGGGUAUGAGUACAGCACCGCGCCAUGGACACACGAGCUUGACAUGAGUCUUUUGAGAAUAGCAAGGGAGGUUAGAAGUGAGGAGGAAAGAGUUUUUGCUUUCGUUGCGUAUUGUUACUUGAACAACUUAAGAUGGAAGGCUCCAAACGACAUUUUGGCCAGGAUGCGAGUCAUCGGAUGUGACGCUGUAAAGGUCACUGAGAAUGAUGACAACGAUUCAUGGAAGCUAAGACGUGGUUUGCAAGCGAGCUUGAAAAUUUUGAGGCCCGGCAGGAGGGCGAGUGUGUAA